ACUGGCAGCCGUGUUUACUGCACGUCACUUCCGGUCAUGUCCGGCGACUGCUGCCCUCUGACAGAAGAUACUUUCAGUCGUUUUCCUUCCCAGAGUAAUGUGUACGGUUUGUCGGUUCUGCCGAGCACCGGGGGCGGAGGGCACGAACUGCUGGCGGCCACCCUGAAGGGUAAAGUGACCAGCUUCAAGUACCAGGAGCUCCGAGACAAGCUGCGCGCCGGGGCCCGGGAGCUGCAGUUCACCUACAUACCAGUUGAUGCUGAGAUUGUAUCCAUUGAUUCCUUUAGCAAGUCCCUUCCCAAGCGAGGUCUGGUGGUGGGAAUAACCUUUAUUAAGGACUCUGGAGAUAAAGCAAGCCCCUUCCUAAAUAUUUACUGUGAUUAUGAACCAGGAUCAGAGUAUAAUCUGGACUCCAUUGCACAAAGCUGCUUGAAUUUGGAGCUGAAAUUCACCCCCUUCCAGCUGUGUCAUGCAGAGGUGCAGGUUGGAGACCAACAGGAGACAGUGUUCCUACUGGGAGGCAACGAUCAGUACAUUCACCUAUACAAAGAGAAUGAAGGGCUGCACCAAUUUGAAGAACAACGUGAAAAUCUUUUCCCAGAGCUGAGAGAUCUCCCGAGCAACGUCACCUGGUUGAGCGUUCACAACAUCCCAGAUACCCAGAGGCGAAUUACAGCGUAUGGAUGUCAGAGCGGAUACUUCUGUGUAUCACAUGUGGACCAAGGGAAGCGAGAUAUUCUGCAAAGUUGGUCUCUACAACAGGAUGGUCCUCUUUCUAAAGUGCUCAUAUUUAGUAUACCAAAUGCCAAUGCAGGAGCAGAAGGGGCAUGCACAAUGAAUGGCUCUGAGGAAGACCGUAUUUUUCCGGAGCAGUACAAUGUCUUGGUGACCAGCACCGUAGAGCUGUCUGCAGUUUAUUGGAACAUCUUACAAAACGGCCUCCGAGAGCAGCUUCUCCUGCCAAACAGCGACCAGUUUGACAGCGUGCUUUGCGCUGUGACAGCAGACGUGGAUUUUGAUGGAGAAGCAGAGAUUUUGCUUGGAACAUACGGACAGGAGCUUCUGUGUUACAAGUACAAAGAGGGUCAGUUUCAGCUUAUGUGGCAAAGAAGUUUCCCCAGUCCGCUGCUCUGCAUAGCACACGUGGAUUUAACAUGGGACGGAUUGUGCGAGCUGGCCAUUAUGUGUCUCAAAGGACUCCACAUACUACAGCACAGCUUAGCGAAGACGUCACAAUGUCUUAUCCAGAGGCUACGCCGGCGAAUAGAGAAUAUAGCCAAGAUACCAGACAUGUCACCCAUACAGAAAGAAGUAGAGGCAGAGACGUGCCCCGAUGCUGCAGCCAACAACUCGCCAGCUCGAGGAACAUGAACUGCUUUCUUAUCAAAACCCUAGAAGUUAUUGUGUUGUAUUGAAAAAACUGCCUUCUGAGCCCAAUGCCAUUGUUGUGAUAAAUAAGCCAUACAGGUCUCGGCAUUGGAUGGGAAAAGUUUAUAUUAAAAGUUUAGUCUUGGA